UAGAAGAGUCGUUCACCAGGGAGAAGGAGGAGCCGGCGCUGCGGGCUUGGUAGUGGACUAGUGGUAGUAGUCGACUCUGCACGCCAAGUCUGACCCCGCCGCGCCCGGCAUUUCCCCCCUGCCGCCGCCGUUCCCCCACCCUCUCCUCCCGCGGGCCAGAGGCAGCCCCGGCCCCCGGGUCUCCUGUUCUCCCCUCCCGCGAAGUGAGGUCAGCGCGGGCAUGGCGACCGGCGCCGUCGCCCCGCCGCCGCUGGCCGGGGCCAGGCUCGGCUUCGUCGGUGCCAGGGGCGUCCUCCACCGCCGUGUCUUCGCCACGCCUAUGAAAGAUGAACCUGUGGUUUCCACAAACAAUAGAGAAGAGGAAACAGUCACCGAUAGCCUUAAUGUUGCCAAGAAGAAAUCAUCCCUCCCUGGGCUUUCGUCAAGCUUAUCCAAUAAGAUAACAGUGACCCCAACACCUUUGCAUCCAGCGGAACCAUCUGAUCUCCGUUUCAAUCGUCUCCGACCAUCAGUUGAAGAAAGUGAUUGCAAAUACAAAAGGUUGUUUGGCUGCUAUGUUGCUCGGGAGGCUAUAAUGGACGAGGAAUACUGGAUUGCCGCAUGGUUGAGAGCAGAACAUCGCUAUGAAGAUCAGUCAGGCGAUCGAUAUGUUGAAAGCUUCAAAAGAAAGUUUGCGUCGCAGGAAUUUCAUGCGUUAAAGAAGAGAUGCAGCAACCAGGUUGGAGAGAAGUAUACCUGUUUCGUUGCGGUAAAGAAUGAUGAUCUCACACGAACUGUGGUGAAUAGUGUCGUUGGUACCCUGGAUGUAUGUGUCAGGCAUCCUCUGCAUGGGGAAAAAUAUCCUGAGGAGCCUGGAAACUCACCAUUUUACGCUAGAAUAUAUCAACCACAUCAGCCAAAAUUUGGAUAUUUAACAAAUGUAUGUGUUGCUAAGUAUGCACGGCGUCAAGGGAUUGCCACCAACAUGUUGUUAUUGGCCAUUGAUGCUGCAAGAUUCAAUGGUGCUGAAAGUAUUUAUAUUCAUGUACAUAAGGAUAACUUGCCAGCUCGGAGGCUAUAUGAUCAUAUAGGAUUCAAGAUGGUUGAUAGGAAUGGUGCUCGCCAGCCGUCGGAUCUGUGCCUACUCUCUUUCAGUUUGAAGCACUAGGAUAGAUAACAAGGGGCUUGCUCCCAUAUCCUUUGUGCAGAAAAGGAAAGUACUCCAUCGGUCCGCUUGAUUUAGCAAAAGCAGGACUGAAUUAGUUUACCAUCUUGUAAAUGAUAAAAUCUUGUAAAGUACGAAAUCCUUGGGACGAACUAGAUGUGCUGAUAGUUCUGGUGCCAAGAACCCUCGUGCUAUGUGUGUGGGAAAAUUUCUGUUUACUGUACAGUUUAUGAAGCAAGCAAUCCAAUGCUUCUCGGUUCAUUCUCGUGAUUCUGCUGUACAUCUGUGCGAACAAACAUCCAUGAUAAGAUCUGUAAUUCCUCUAGCCAUAGUAUGGAUGCAGUUUAUUA